CGGGCGUGCGCGUUGACGGCCCGCGUCUCUGUUAGUCAGCGGAGCGGCCGAGGCCGGACGUUGCGGCCGAAACGCGGAGCCGCGAGCAGGAUUGAGUAGCGGCCGCGGCCACCGCAGGACGGCGCCGUUCUCCGCUACGGGUUUCCAGGUCGCCGUUGGCUGCACUGCCGGCCUUGGUGAAUAUUUGGAUGAAGCCAUUAGACUAAUUGCUUGCCAUCAUGAGCAGAAGCAAACGUGACAACAAUUUUUAUAGUGUAGAGAUUGGAGAUUCUACAUUCACAGUCCUAAAACGAUACCAGAAUUUAAAGCCUAUAGGCUCAGGAGCUCAAGGAAUAGUGUGUGCAGCUUAUGAUGCCAUUCUUGAAAGAAAUGUUGCAAUCAAGAAGCUCAGCCGGCCAUUUCAGAAUCAGACCCAUGCUAAGCGCGCCUACCGAGAACUAGUUCUUAUGAAGUGUGUUAAUCACAAAAAUAUAAUUGGCCUUUUGAAUGUUUUCACACCACAGAAAUCCCUAGAAGAAUUUCAAGAUGUUUACAUAGUCAUGGAGCUCAUGGAUGCAAAUCUUUGCCAAGUGAUUCAGAUGGAGUUAGAUCAUGAAAGAAUGUCCUACCUUCUCUAUCAAAUGCUGUGUGGAAUCAAGCACCUUCACUCUGCUGGAAUUAUUCAUCGGGACUUAAAGCCUAGUAAUAUAGUAGUGAAAUCAGACUGCACUUUGAAGAUUCUUGAUUUUGGACUGGCGAGGACUGCAGGAACGAGUUUUAUGAUGACGCCUUAUGUGGUGACUCGGUACUACAGAGCACCAGAGGUCAUUCUCGGCAUGGGCUACAAGGAGAACGUGGAUUUAUGGUCUGUGGGGUGCAUUAUGGGAGAAAUGGUUUGCCACAAAAUCCUCUUUCCAGGAAGGGACUAUAUUGAUCAGUGGAAUAAAGUUAUUGAACAGCUCGGAACACCUUGUCCUGAAUUCAUGAAGAAACUUCAACCAACAGUAAGGACUUACGUUGAAAACAGGCCUAAAUACGCUGGCUAUAGCUUUGAGAAACUGUUCCCCGAUGUGCUUUUCCCAGCUGACUCAGAGCAUAACAAACUUAAAGCCAGUCAGGCAAGAGAUUUGUUAUCCAAAAUGCUAGUAAUAGAUGCAUCCAAAAGGAUCUCCGUAGAUGAAGCUCUCCAGCACCCAUACAUCAACGUCUGGUAUGAUCCUUCAGAAGCAGAAGCCCCACCACCAAAGAUCCCGGACAAGCAGUUAGAUGAGAGGGAGCACACAAUAGAGGAGUGGAAAGAACUGAUAUACAAGGAGGUAAUGGAUUUGGAGGAACGAACUAAGAAUGGAGUCAUAAGAGGGCAGCCGUCUCCUUUAGCACAGGUGCAGCAAUGAUCAAUGGCUCUCAGCAUCCAUCGUCUUCGCCGUCUGUCAAUGACAUGUCUUCAAUGUCCACAGAUCCGACUUUGGCCUCGGAUACAGACAGCAGUCUAGAAGCAUCAGCUGGACCUCUGGGCUGCUGUAGAUGACUACUUGGGCCUUGGGUGGGUGGGAGGGGUGGGGAAUUGGUUAGUCAUUGAUAGAACUGCUUUAAAAACAAUUCAGUGGGCAUAUUUUUGAGUGAUUUUUCAGAAAAUGUAGAAUUCAUUUUGUAGUAAAGUAGUUUAUUUUUUUUAAUUUCAAGUGUUGUAAUUUAAAACUUAAGUUGUGUUUUUAAACAGCAACAAAACUGUAUUGUAUUUUUGCUGUAAUUAACUGUAUAAUGUAAACCUAAUUAUUUUAUCAUGGUUUAAAUUUUGCAUAUUUGCUUUAUCUUAUGCUGCUGAUUUUUUUACUGAAUUUGUAAGAUUUUUGUUUAUCAAAGCAACUAUUAUGUGGUGACUUGCAUAUAUCAUGAAUUAUUUAAGAUGUUUAUAAGUUUUUUAUUAGAAUUUAUUUCAGAUGUUUGUUCAUGAUGCUAUCCUUCAGGGUUAUGUGCUUAUCAAUGAAAUAACCCCAGAGGAAUAAGGGAAAAUAACCUGUAGCCAGUUAUAUUCAGGAAUAACUACUGUAAAUGAUGAACGCAUCAAGAAACCUCCAAUAUUUGCUACUUGCCAAUCCCAACUUAGUUAAAACAAUUGGUAGGCAACCUUACCUAAAUUUUAGCAAACAUCUUAUCUAAAUGGCAGAAUAACUCAGAGCAUGUCUUUAAAGAUGCUGGGCACAUCCUUCUACAUUUUGAAUCUCCCUACACCAACCCAACGAAAACUUAAAUUAAGGAAUGUGGUAUAUUCUGAUCAUCUGUGGCAUGCUUAAAGCUUUGAUCACACAAAGUUAAGAGGAUACUUCAUGAAUAUACAUUUCAGUGGAGAUCAACAGAUGCUUCCCCUGUCCUAGCUAUGAGCCUGCUUCUGUAUACACUGAGUUAAUCUCCUCAGGCUGUAGGUCCUGGCAAGAGCCUGGACUUUCCCUGUUGUACAGCUUCUGGCCUCUGGCCUUUCCCAGUUCCUGUUCCUUAGCGGGUCAGUCUGUUGAGCACCAGUUUGUGGUGUUUCUGGCCAUUUGAUUCUACCUGUAGCAUUAUCCUGUUUCUACUAGCUGUCAGGAGGUUCCAAAGCCUACUUAAACUUGUGUAGGUGACUUUUAAAUGAGCAAUAUGCCGUUCAUCUGAAAAUAGUAGCACACAGCCAUAUGUAGGAUGUCAUUUUCUAAGGACUGUUUCUUCACAGUGAGCAGAGCAGGCAUAGUGGUGGUUCUUUAAUCUGAGUCUUUGAUUUUUUUAUAUCUGAUUUCCAGUGUGGACGUUGAGUAGUGUAAGAAUGGUGCUGCUCCUGACAAGUGUGUGUUAACUGUUUACAUUUUAUAUCUGCAGAAUCCUUUCUCUGUAACUGAAUUUUCCUAAGUAAAAUGUCAUCAAGGUCUCAUUAUUUCUGAAAUGAUGUCUAUAAUGCCCAGGCACCUUUGGUAUUAUCUGGAACAAGAGGGAUUUCAUGUAAUGAACUGGGAAAUGUUUUCUUCAUGAGCUGCAAGGUUGUAGGAAGGAGCCCGGAGCCCCUUGGAGCUCACAAUCAACAGGAGUAAGAGCAGGCACAGCUUGGCAGAUUUCUGAAAGGUUGCUUAGCAGGUUUUUUUGUUUUGGUUUUGUUUUGUUUUUUGGAUCUUUUUUUUUUUUUUGGUUGCUUUUUAAAAACAUUUAGUGUAUAAUUACUUUCAAAUAAGCUAUUUUAAGUCAUUGUUAAUGUGCAAUACUUAAGAUUAAGAUAUUACCUUUUUAAACAUAGCAAGUUUAUCAUGAUUUCUAGCCUCCCAUCUUUUAGUGAUUCCUUUUCUAUAUGUACAACAUGGUGCGUUUAUUUUAUUAUACAAGUAUGAAUUUGAGACUGUUACGCCUCUUGGGUUCUAGAAAUAUAAGGUUUAAGUCAGGAUUUUAGCAGAAAUUGGAGCAUGAGUGUGUUCUUAUUUUAUAUUAGUUUUGCAUCUAACUGGUUUUGGUUUUGCCUUGAUAAAAUGUGUCACUAUUGCACUUA